GAAACUAGGAAAUUGAUGUGUUGGAAAAAUUUGGGAAGCAAACUCAACAACACUGUUUAUGGCCAUUGUUGGAUACUUCAUGCUUGGAUUCUGAAUUCAGAGCCAGUGGUAGUAGCGCAUUCAAGCCCUAUAAAAUGAUCCCAUGAUACUUGUUUCCUUCUCAUGUUUGUCAUCAUCUCUUGUUGAAUCUCGCUGCCAAGCCCAAUGGGAAAAGCUCUGAUGUUGUGCUUUGUUCUUUUUAUAUAUUCUCGUCAGCUUUUUUACGUUAGUGCUGAAAAUUCCUGGCUUGUACCAGCCUUAUACAUCUUUGGCGAUUCCACUGUAGACCCCGGAAACAAUAAUAAUCUCCCAACAAGGGCUAAAGCUAAUUUUCUGCCUUAUGGUAUUGAUUUUAAUAAUACACCAACUGGUCGUUUCACCAAUGGCAUGACAAUUGCUGAUUGUAUUGCUAUGUUUCUUGGUUUACCUUUUCCCCCAGCUUAUAUGAAUCUUUCAGAGACCAAGAGGAGUAAGAUAACAACUGGGUUGAAUUAUGGUUCUUCUUCUUGUGGUAUUCUGCCAGAAACUGGAUCUUCCGAGGGAUCCUGCUUGACAUUAGACAAGCAAAUAGAUCUUUUCAAAAGUACAGCAAACAAUGAUAUGCUUAGGGAGAACCUUGAAAUGCAUCUAGCCAAGUCGAUCUUUUUCAUCUCCAUUGGUCCUAAUGACUACACCCUGAAUUAUUUUAAGAAUUCAAGCGAUAUAAGCAAGCUUUUCUUACCAGAUGAAUUUGCCAAAUUCCUUAUAAAUGAGCUUGCCAAGCGCUUGCAGAAACUGUAUGAGUUAGGCGCCAGAAAAUUUUUGUUGAAUGGCAUUGGACCCUUAGGAUGUACCCCAGGAAUGACCAACUCAAUUCAACAUAAGGGAGAAUGUGUUGAAUUCAUCAACAAGGUUGUGAACCUUUACAAUGUCGAACUAUCCACAAAGCUGCUAGAGUUGCAAUCCCAUCUUCCUGGUUCUUUGUUCAUCCACUCGGAUAACUUUAAGCAUUUCCAAGAAUUGAAAGAAAACCCUGAAACAUACGGGAUAACAAAUAUGAAUAGUACUUGCUGGAUUCCAAACCAAAGUCUGUGCUUGGCGAGGGACAAGUAUCUCUUCUUUGAUGCAUUCCAUACAAGUCAGGGUGCCAAUAUGAUUUAUGCAAGGCGUUGCUUCAAUGAGACGUCAAUAUGCAAUCCUUUGAAUAUUAUGCAGCUUGUAUCAGCCUAAGCAUCUAUUAGCUAUUGGCUUCUCGAUGUAAUAAUUUGAAUAUGUGUCACUUAUUUACAAUAUUUUACUGUACGAUGAAAUUAAUAAUCUGUAUGCGAUUUAGGAUGUUAA